AAUGUGUAGCCGCGUGACGUUUGAGUGGCUGUUCGUUGCGAGGGCAGCUGGGAUACCUGUGACGGAUCUAGGGGGUACGCCAUAUUGUUCGCGAAACUGUGGGAACUGGCGGAGGUUGCCGCAAGGAAACAGGGUUACUUACGGGGAUUUUUUUCAUUGAAUGGUCACCAUGGCAAGUCCAGUGAAUGACAACUACCGGAUGAAGAGCUACAAGAACAAGGCCCUGAACCCCCAAGAGAUGCGGAGACGCCGGGAAGAGGAGGGCAUUCAGCUCCGCAAGCAGAAGAGGGAGGAGCAGCUGUUCAAGAGGAGAAACGUCUCCCUUCCCGCUGGAGAUGAGUCAAUGCUGGAGUGUCCCAUCCAGGACCCUGAUGUCAGCUCCACUGUGCCUGUGUCGGGUGAGGGUGUCAUAACGCCCGACAUGAUCCAGAUGAUCUUCUCUGAUGACCCAGACCAGCAGCUCAUCGCAACACAGAAAUUCAGGAAGUUGCUUUCCAAAGAGCCCAACCCCCCCAUUGAUGAGGUCAUCUUAACACCUGGCGUGGUCAACAAGUUUGUAGAGUUUCUCAAGAGGAGUGAGAACUGUACUCUGCAGUUCGAGGCAGCCUGGGCCCUUACCAACAUCGCCUCGGGCACCUUUCUCCACACCAAGGUGGUAAUUGAGACGGGAGCAGUGCCCAUCUUCAUCGAGCUGCUCAACUCAGACUAUGAGGAUGUGCAGGAGCAGGCAGUCUGGGCUCUGGGCAACAUCGCUGGUGACAAUGCAGAGUGCAGGGACUAUGUGCUGAAUUGUGGAAUCCUGCCAUCUCUCCUGCAGCUGCUGACGAAAUCCAGCCGGCUCACGACCACGAGAAACGCGGUGUGGGCGCUCUCCAAUCUGUGCCGGGGGAAAAACCCCCCUCCGGAUUUCAGCAAGGUGUCCCCCUGUCUCAGCGUCCUCUCCCGGCUGCUCUUCAGCAGCGACCCCGAUGUUCUGGCCGACGCCUGUUGGGCGCUGUCGUACCUGUCGGACGGACCCAACGACAAGAUCCAGACGGUGAUAGACUCCGGCGUGUGCAGGCGCCUGGUGGAGCUGCUCAUGCACAGCGAUUACAAGGUGGUCUCUCCUGCCCUCCGAGCCGUCGGCAACAUCGUCACGGGCGAUGACGUCCAGACUCAGGUGAUCCUGAACUGCUCUGCUCUGCCCUGCCUGCUUCACCUGCUCAGCAGCCCCAAAGAGUCCAUCAAGAAGGAAGCCUGCUGGACGGUGUCCAACAUCACAGCUGGUAACAGGGCGCAGAUCCAGGCCGUGAUCGACGCCAACAUCUUCCCGGUGUUGAUCGAGAUUCUCCAGAAGGCCGAGUUUCGUACGAGGAAGGAAGCGGCCUGGGCGAUCACAAACGCCACCUCCGGGGGCACACCUGAGCAGAUCAGGUACCUGGUGUCCUUGAAUACCAUCAAGCCUAUGUGUGACUUGCUGACAGUCAUGGAUUCCAAGAUAGUGCAGGUGUCCCUGAACGGCCUGGAGAACAUCCUACGGCUGGGGGAGCAGGAGGCGAAGCAGAACGGCACGGGCAUCAACCCCUACUGCGCUCUCAUCGAGGAGGCCUACGGUCUAGACAAGAUCGAGUUCCUGCAAAGUCACGAGAACCAGGAGAUCUACCAGAAGGCCUUCGACCUGAUCGAGCGCUACUUCGGGGUGGAGGAGGAGGACGCUAACUUGGCCCCACAGGUGGACCAGAACCAGGCGCAGUUCAUCUUCCAGCAGUCCGAAGGUCCUGUAGGAGGCUUCCAGCUCUAAUCGUCCACCCUCCCCCUCCCCCGGAGACCCCGCGAGAGUCUGACGCCAUCGCCUGGAUACAUAAACUCCUUUCAGCAUCUGCCUGCCCGGAUCUGCUGCUUUCCCCGAGUGCACUGCGACGCGUGUGGCAUGCCUAGGCCAUGGCGUGGAGUCCCCCCCCUCCCUUCUUGUUCUGUAACUGUGAUGCUGGUUCCCCAGACUGACCUCCCCCACCCCCACAGCCCCUAACAAUGUGAACUACCUCGAUAGUCAGUCCGCGGCCGCAAAGCCGUCCUGCGCCGGCCUGGUUUUGCGGUCCGAGCUCCGUCUGGGACGAACGUACCCGAGGUGUGGAUGAGCGAAUGUAUUCGUGGUAGGAGAUGCUAAACUAUACCCGCAUUUUACAUCACUUACAGUGUGAAAAUGUGCGUUUCUGUGGGGCUCCUGUUGAUAAUCAAGCUGUGAGUCCUUUAGGGCCGGCUUGGCCCUCGCCGGAGCCCUGUGUCCCCUCUGGCUGUAGCUGAUGGUCUGCGUGAACGUCCAGGGUGACGUCAGGGCGGCCCGCCUGCCCCCUCUUAUUGGAAAGCCACUGGCAUCCUGUAGGAAAUCGCGGCUCUGUGGUCGGGUGACAAAAUCAGCUGGAAUGAGCUUAAAGCUCAUGCUUUAGUUAAAUGUGGCUGGAGAUCUACUAUGUAUAUUAUAUAUAGGCAUAUUGUAUAUUUAAAAAAACAAAUGUGUGAAAAGCAUAUAUACAACAGCAUUACGUGUGGGAUUGUGGCUCAGCAGUAAGAAGACCUGGACCAAGGUGUGUGAUGCUGCAAGUCUAGUUCCACGCUCCUUCAUCACUUAUUUAAAUGUUCAGACCUGCCCCUACACACUUGCUCCUGCGGGGCGGCUGUAACUCAAUGUUUGGUUCUGUUGACCUUUACUCCCGUGUGCAAAAAGCGAACCUGAGCUGGACCCUUUGACCCACGGCAGUCCGAAGGAAAACGAAAAGUAACUGUAUUGCGUUAAGAGCUACACUCCUAAAAGCAGGAGCCAUCUUUGGAGAAGUUAACUUUCUUUUGUUUGGUUUUUUUGCAGAUGCAUUAAAUACUGUAGGUUGGCUGAUCAAUGGGGGGGCGUGGCUUCAUACGACACAAAAGUGAUUUGUAAAUCGCUGCUCAUGUGGACUGGUGUAUAGUUUUGUAAUUGUCUGUCUGUACGCUGUGCUGGUUGGCCGUCCCAUGGGGACGGAGCGUGCUGGCUGGCCGGGACCUCAGCCGCCGCACGGCGUCGAGCCCAUCCGCUGACGCGUGGCUGUCGUUCUGCUCUGUCCAGAAGUGCCGCUGGUCUUCACCUAAGAAUGUUGAGGCUGGAAAACCAGGUUCAGGAAAUAAACAGUUCUGCUACAAA